AUGUCUACUCUUCUGUCCCGGGAAAAUAUGCUUGAAUUGUUGUUGCUCAUCAUCAAAGAAGUUCCGAAAUUAUCAAAUAUGGCUCGAAAUAUGCUCAUAGAAUUUUGCCAGGCCAUCGGUGAGACCGCAACUGUUGCCGAAAUAUCAGUACUGCUUCGUGGUCUUCUUGUGUCUGAAUCUUUUCUGAGACACGCAUGUCUGCAAGCACUUGAAUUCCUUGACCUCACACCCAAAAAUCCCUCACAAAUGGCCGAUCACCACACCGACGACUUGAUUGAUUACGAAGAGGAGGAGCAACUUCUCCAUACGGAAGGCGCCUCAACACAUAAACAAAAUAAUUAUAACGAAGCCACCGAGGAAGAUAAAAAGGAUAAGAAGGGCAGUUACGUAGGCGUGCACGCGACCGGCUUCCGGGAUUUCUUAUUAAAGCCUGAGCUGUUAAGAGCAAUAGUAGACUGCG